AGAUUACAGCAACCGGAAACGUGUUGUUGUCGGCGGCACAACGGUUCGUCGUGCUUUUAGCAGAGAUUCGAGCCCGAAUUGUUCCAGUUUAGAAGAACUUUUCAACGGGUUUUCGGUCGUUGUAUGUGUGUUGUCGCUCGUCGGGAUGGGGAAAGCAGAUUUCCUGUCCCCGAAGGCGAUAGCCAACCGGAUAAAAUCCAAAGGUCUCCAGAAGUUGAGGUGGUACUGUCAGAUGUGUCAGAAACAAUGCAGAGACGAGAACGGCUUUAAAUGUCACUGCAUGUCCGAGUCGCACCAGCGGCAGCUGCUGCUGGCCUCAGAGGAUCCAAACAAGUUCAUGGAUUACUUCUCAGAUGAGUUCAAGAGCGACUUCCUGGAGCUGCUCCGGAGACGAUUUGGGACCAAGCGAGUGCACAACAACAUCGUGUACAAUGAGUACAUCAGUCACCGGGAGCACGUGCACAUGAACUCCACACAGUGGGAGACGCUCACCGACUUCACUAAGUGGCUGGGCAGAGAAGGCCUGUGUAAAGUUGACGAGACCCCCAAAGGCUGGUACGUGCAGUACGUCGACCGCGACCCGGAGACCAUCCGCCGGCAGGAGGAGCAGGCGAGGAAGAAGAAGCAGGAGCUGGACGACGAAGAGCGGAGCGCCAAGUUCAUCGAGGAGCAGGUCCGCAGGGGCCGCGACUGCAAGGACACGGAGGAAACUCCGGUUUUUACGGAGCUGAAACGUGAGAGUGAAGAAGAGAAAGUUGCGUUCAACCUGGGAGCCUCUUCCUCUGUAGCUGGUCCUUCCAAAUCAAGCACUGCCUUCAGCGCCAGUGCUCUGAAAACGGCAGCGUCGUCAUCGACCAAGAGGAAAGACGCCACCUCAGACUCCAGAGAGGAAAGGAAGAAGAAGAAAUCCGCUCUGGAAGAGAUCAUGGAGAUGGAAGAGAAGAAGAAGAAGAAGCCGUCGGUCCGAACGGAUAACUGGCUGCAGACCAACAUCGUGGUCAAGGUCGUCACCAAGAGACUGGGAGAGAAGUACCACAAGAAGAAGGCUGUCAUCAUGGAAGUGCGAGACAAAUAUGCCGCGGUGGUGAAGUUGGUCGACUCCGGCGACAAACUGAAACUGGACCAGAAUCACGUGGAGACGGUGAUACCUGCACCAGGUAAACGGGUUCUGAUCCUGAACGGUGCGUUCAGGGACACCGAGGCUGUGCUCGAGGGGAUCGACGAAAAGAAGUUCUGCGCCACGCUCCUUCUCGACUCGGGUUCUCAGAAAGGGAAACAAGUGGAGGUCGCAUACGAGGAUUUCUCCAAACUGGCCUGAACCCGGCGGAGGCGGCAGCAGCCGGUGGGCCGAGGGACUCUACUGUGUCAGAGUUACUUCCCCCAUGACUCCCCCCCCCCUGUACAUAGACGCAUCCAACUUUUAAGGCCUGUCACGAUAACUUUUUUUUGUUGGACAAUAUAUUUUUCAAGAAAUAAUCGCGAUAUUAUCGUCAUUUUUAAGAUCACGUUUUGCUACUGAAUCAUGUGAUUGUGAGACACCGCUCGUCUUCUCACACACGAUUGGUUCGCUGCUCAGAGAAAUAUUGAGGAUAUAUAAUUGAGUUUGUGUUCACGUUUUGUGCCGAUUAUCGUGACAGGCCUAAACCCACAUUGCAUUUCCAGUGAGAUGUCACAGAAAAAAAUCAAAAGCAAUGAGUUUAAUUUGUUUUGUUUUUUUAUUCUGGAUUAAUAUUCAAGUUGUUCUUAACAUCACAGAUGUAAAUUUUGUCCAAAUAAAUUCAACGUAAAGUGA